AUGGGUUUCCUGUCCGCACUGAUCCGCACAGUGUUGUUCAAACUUCAGCAACUUGUCUGGACCACCUUAACUGUCAUUGGGUUGGCAAAGGACCGUCUUCUCUAUGGCAGUGAGUGCUUCACACCGAAAGAACAUCCGAAACCCAAAUGUCUGGAAGGAUGGGAUGAACAAUACAUUCAAUUGAAGAACUGUUCGCGCCUACACUAUGUCCAAACAGGAGCCCAAAAUAAGGAUCUUCUACUAAUGCUUCACGGAUUUCCUGAGUUCUGGUACUCGUGGCGCUAUCAACUAAGACAUUUCGCCGAUAAAUACAGGUGUGUUGCAGUCGACCAGAGAGGGUACAAUCUUUCCGACAAGCCAAAGAGCGUUGAAGAUUACCGUACUGAUUUCCUUGUCAAUGACAUCAAAGAAUUAGUGGAAGCACUCGGCUAUUCGAAAAUCUACUUGAUGGGUCACGAUUGGGGAGCGGUCAUCGCUUGGAAGUUUGCUCUCCACUAUCCGGAAUUGGUCGAGAAGUUGGUGAUUCUUAAAUGUGCCACAUCCGAGUGCCGCACUAGAGAUGAUGAUGACGAAUUUCAGAUUCUCAGGCUGACUAAAAGUACAUUUUUAUGUUCCAAAACCCCAAUUGUGCCCGAGUUAACAGUGAAAAAUCGUGAUUUUCACAUGUUUGAUGUGAUGCUACGUGGUAAGAAAGCCGGAAUUCGGAACGCUCAGAAUUUCACUGACGAAGAUCUCGAAGCAUGGAAACAUGUGUUCGGCCAAAAAGAUGCUCUGACUGGACCAAUAAACUACUACCGCAACCUGAAGAAAGCCCAACCGCUUCAUGGAGAUGAACGCAUUUGCAAGCCUCCCACGCUCAUAAUUUGGGGAGAUGAAGACCAGUUUCUCGUCAAAGAAGGAGCAAUAGCGAGCCUGAAGUAUUGCCGACACGGUCAGUUGAAGUUCAUCGAAGGUGCAUCACACUGGGUCAUGCAGGACGAGCCGUCUCAGGUUAACAGCUUAGUGGAUGAAUUUCUCGCCACUCCCACUCAAAAGCUGCUGGAGUCAUCGUCGUCGAAAUUGUAA